UAUCUCUCUAGCUAUAUAGGAGCUCUUAAUAGAUCUUACGUCCCUUUUAAACCAAAGCUAGUUAAAAACGCUAGUGCCUAUCGUAACCGUAAGGGCGGCCUAUCUCAGAAUGUACUAGUAUACUAUAACUUUAAUAGCUAUUAUACCUUCGUUCUACUAGGUUAG